AUGGCGGAUUACGAGUGCAGAGUGACGAGUGGGGCACAUAUCAGGUUCUCCAACUUGAAAGAGUUGUAUGAGAACCACUUGAUGGCGGCAGCGGAUUCAGAGCAGGAGGGUGACAGGCUUUUUACUGAGUAUCACCGUGCUUGCGCUCUGCGGUGUUGGUUCAUGUUCUUGGUAGGCAUUGCACUCUUUGUGGAAAAAAAUGCAACGUAUGUCGACAUGACGUAUCUCCAGUACUUUAUCGAUUUGACUAUAGUGGACCAAUGGAACUUGGGGGAAGCUAUUCUGGGCUGGAUCAUCUCAUACUUCCACCGCAUCCACGACUUUGCCAUUGAUCCUAUGUACGAUGACGCCAUGCCCAGGGCCGCACGAUACGUCCUCCAAAGGGGGAAUAACGCAAUGGAUCCAUAUCGUGUGUACCUGGAUCGCACUGUGCACGGCGACAUUUAUUGGACGUCUUUCAUUGAUUACCGUCACGCUAUCCCAUUCGACCGCAUCGCAUUAUACUCUGGAUGGUUGGCAUGUGGGACCAUCACCAUGGUCAGGUGUCUGCCGGAGCGGUGUAUGAGGCAGUUUGGACGUGUGUAG